GGCCUUUUAUUUAUUUUUUUACUGCUAUAGCUAUGUAUUGUUAAAAUCUGAGGGAUCUCGAGGGCGAGGGGAAUUCAUGCUCUUGUGUAUAUAUUUAUAGGCGGCGCUGGACAAGCAAUGUCCAGCCAAAUGGGACGGUCAGUUUGCUAUAUUCAGGAUAGAUUCCAAUCAUUAUGCAGUGAAUUCUUUUUGUCCCAUUUCUCUCUUUUCUGACGGCAAUAUUGCCUCUUCGUAGAAUGAAGAUGGUAGAAGUAGAGGUGUUGUAAGUCAUCAGGCAACAAGGCACCAAGAUCGGGCUCGAAGCCAUCUUAGUCAGCUCGCUUGCUUACAGCCAAUCAGAAGCUCGCACUGCUCGAAAGAGGUCAGUUCAGUGACGCGCGAGACGGAAGCUGCCUGACCUGGGACCGGUGCUCUAGUAAGAAGCAACAAGCAACGAGGGGCGUCUUUUGGCCUUUCUGAACCUCAACCAGAACCACAAAACCCACGCAAUUACAGUCCACGGGCCGCCAUCUCGAUAACCCGCAGGCUGCACUGAAUUUGAGUGAGCCUCGACCUACAGAAUUGUCUCUCCGCAGCAGAACUGGGGGAGCAUUGACUUGAACUGUGGCGGGGAAUCUUUCAGCAUCCGCAUCAACAGAACACACACACAGCAGCGAUGGAUUCUCUUGUGGCCAAGUACAGCCGGCCGGCAUAUGCGCAGAACGAGCCUCUUGAGGAUGACGAGUAUGGCCAGGAGCUGAUGAACCCGACGGCUCACCUGUCGGGCAACUUUGCCAUGCCACCUGUUGCGCAGCCCUCUGCUUGGCUCCGCGCCGCCACAGACGACCGCUCCAACCCCGACUGCCCCAUCAAGAUUGCCCACGGAACGACGACACUGGCCUUUCGCUUCCAGGGCGGCAUCAUCGUGGCCACGGACUCUCGAGCCACGGCCGGCAACUGGAUUGCCUCGCAGACGGUCAAGAAGGUGAUUGAGAUCAACAGCGUGCUGCUGGGCACCAUGGCCGGCGGUGCCGCAGACUGCCAGUACUGGCUCGCCUGGCUGGGCAUGCAGUGCCGCCUGCACGAGCUCCGCCACAAGCGCCGCAUCAGCGUCGCCGCCGCCAGCAAGAUCCUGGCCAACCUCAUCUACAGCUACAAGGGCAUGGGCCUCAGCAUGGGCACAAUGUGCGCCGGCGUGACCAAGGAGGAGGGCCCCGCGCUGUACUACGUCGACAGCGACGGCACGCGGCUGGCGGGCAACCUGUUUUGCGUGGGCAGCGGUCAGACGUUUGCCUAUGGCGUGCUGGAUUCCGAGUACAAGUACGAUCUGACGGACGAGGAGGCGCUGGAGCUGGGCAAGCGGAGUAUCCUGGCGGCGACGCACCGUGAUGCCUACUCUGGUGGCUACAUCAACCUGUACCAUGUCAAGGAGGCGGGCUGGGUCAAGCACGGCUUCAUGGACACGAAUCCGAUUUUCUGGCAGACGAAGCUGGAGAAGGGCGAGUUUUCAAACGUGACGAGCGCGUUGGAUUAGAGUGGGAUGCAGUGGACUAUGGAAUAAAUUUGCGUUUGUUAUGAAGCAAUAAAGAAGAAAUAAAGAAAUCGAAUGACG